GCCGUGCCAGAGAGAGAACUCAGACGACUCCGCUGGCCCGCUGUCCUCUGCAGCUCUGCCAUCCGCGCCUGCUCCCCUCCGGGGCCAUUCCCACCCCAAGAAAGCGAGGACCCCUUCCCCCUCGCGCGGCGCCGCCAUGCUGCCGCCGUUCGGCAACCCGCUCUGGGCACAGGACGGCUGCGGCGCGCAGCAGCAGCGGCAGCAGGACGCGCCGCCGCCGACGCCCAUGAUGCUGGGGACAACGCAGCCGCUGGGGCAACAGCAGCAGAACCUCCUGGCCCUGGCCCAAGUCGCCGACCUGGGGGGCGGGGUUUUCAGCACGCCGCCGGUGCUCGACGACGAUUGGUACUUCAACUCGGCGGCCGGCGCCGGCGCGCAGGGGUCCCUGCUCCUGGCGCCACCGGGGCAGGGGCCGCCGGGGCUGUCGCUCGGGGCCGGCUCGUCGCAGAUGUUCUCGCUCUUCAACAUGGGCGGCGGCGCGACGUACGACCUCCACGGGUUCGACCUCGGCCUCUCCGGCGGCGGCGGCGUGUCCGGGGGCGAGAUGGUCUCGUUUGCCGGCGCCGGGAGCGUGUCGAAUUCCUCGCCUUUGCCCCUGAUCCCGGCGGGGAACGCCGGCUUGCUCGGCUCGUUCGGUGGCUUCGGCACCGCGCCGGCGCAAAUGCCGGACUUCGGCGGCCUCGUCGGGUUCGACAUGUUCAGCAACGGCACCGGGGCCGGCUCCUCCGCCCCGGCGCCCCCCGCCUCGGCGUCCCUGACGGCGCCGUUCUCCGCGCGCGGGAAGGCGGCCGUGCUCCGCCCGCUGGAGAUCUUCCCGCCCGUGGGCGCGCAGCCGACGCUGUUCCAGAAGCGCGCUCUCCGCCGCAACGCCGGCGAGGAGGACGACGACAAGAAGCGCAAGGCGGAGGCCCUCGCCGCGGCCGCGGGAGCGGCCUCGGCUGGUGGCGGUGACACGGUGCUGGACGACGCCGACGACGACGACGGCGGGAGCAUCGACGCGUCCGGGCUCAACUACGACUCGGAGGACGCGAGGUGCGUCGAGGAGAGCGGCAAGAAGGACGACAAGGACUCCAACGCCAACAGCACGGUGAUCGCCGGUGGCGCGGGCGACGGGAAGGGCAAGAGGAAGGGGAUGCCGGCCAAGAACCUCAUGGCGGAGCGCCGUCGCCGGAAGAAGCUCAAUGACCGACUCUACAUGCUCCGGUCCGUCGUCCCCAAGAUCAGCAAGAUGGACAGGGCUUCGAUUCUUGGAGACGCAAUCGAGUACCUGAAGGAGCUGCUGCAGAAGAUCAAUGAUCUUCAGAAUGAGCUUGAGUCGCCCCCUUCCACAGCCUCACUGCCUCCAACACCCACAAGCUUCCACCCUCUGACUCCGACACUGCCCACUCUGCCGUCUCGUGUGAAGGAAGAGCUGUGCACAAGCGCAAUGCCAAGCCCUACUUCUCAGCAACCUAGGGUUGAGGUAAGGAUGAGGGAAGGCCAAGCGGUCAACAUCCACAUGUUCUGCGCUCGCAGGCCUGGUCUUCUGCUUAAUGCUAUGAAGGCGAUCGAAGGCCUCGGCCUCGAUGUCCAGCAGGCUGUUGUCAGUUGCUUCAAUGGAUUUACCCUAGACGUCUUCAAGGCUGAGCUGUGCAAGGAUGGCCCUGGGCUCAUGCCGGAGGAAAUCAAGACCGUCCUCAUGCAAUCUGCCGGGUUCCAUGGCGUGAUGUAGGACAAGGAAGGCGGCUCGACCAACCUCAGAAAAAGAAGAAAACAAUGUAGCUAAGGAAUUUACAAACACUGGUGUUUCUGGUUUUAGGGGCGACUUUCAACAGAACCAUCUUCGUCUUUUAACAGUCAGAGAGAGAGAGAGAGAGAGAGAGAGAGCUGCUCAGGGUUUUUCAGAACCAUAUUUAUCCUCCAGUCUUUAGUUAUCGUCUAGAGUCAAAAAUAAUGUCAGUAUUCCCCUAGUCUGUCCUAGUUUUUCUUUUUUAAAGGUAGUCUGUCCUAGUUCUUGGUACAUGCUUUUGCCUUGUGUAGUCCUGCUGCGACUCUGAACCAAAACCUGCAUUGAUCGGAAAAGUGCAAAAUCCGUUCUUAAA